GUCCCCCUCUCUGUUUUUACUAUGGCGUCUCCCUCUGCUAAGUGAGAGACAAAAUGUCGUUUUUAUAGCAGUUAAGGCGGUCACAAAUCUAGCAAAACAACAUAUUUCUCAGAAUGACCAAUAGAACGUCGUAUUUCUAUGACCCUGACGUGGGUAACUUUCAUUACGGUGCGGGUCAUCCUAUGAAGCCUCAUCGAUUGUCCCUGACUCACAGCCUGGUGCUGCACUAUGGACUCUAUAAGAAAAUGAUGGUGUUUAAGCCAUACAAAGCGUCCCAGCACGACAUGUGCCGUUUCCAUUCUGAAGACUACAUUGACUUCCUGCAGAAGGUCAGCCCCAACAACAUGCAGGGCUUCACCAAGAGCCUCAACACAUUCAAUGUUGGAGACGAUUGUCCGGUCUUUCCAGGUCUUUUUGAGUUCUGCUCCAGAUAUACAGGAGCCUCAUUGCAGGGCGCCACUCAACUCAAUCACAAGAUCUGUGACAUAGCUAUCAACUGGGCCGGAGGAUUGCACCAUGCCAAAAAGUUUGAGGCGUCGGGAUUUUGUUACGUCAACGACAUAGUCAUCAGUAUACUGGAGCUUCUCAAAUACCACCCUAGGGUCCUGUACAUUGACAUAGACAUCCACCACGGCGACGGCGUGCAAGAAGCUUUCUACCUUACUGAUCGUGUCAUGACCGUGUCCUUCCACAAAUAUGGAAAUUACUUUUUCCCGGGGACAGGUGACAUGUAUGAGGUUGGAGCAGAAAGUGGCCGCUACUACUGCCUCAAUGUUCCUCUUAGGGAUGGCAUUGACGACCAGAGCUACAGGCAGCUUUUCCAGCCAGUCAUUAAGCAGGUGGUGGAUUUCUACCAGCCUACUUGCAUUGUUCUGCAGUGUGGAGCAGACUCUUUGGGCUGUGACAGGCUGGGCUGCUUUAAUCUCAGCAUACGAGGACACGGCGAGUGUGUGGAGUUUGUGAAGAGCUUCAAGAUUCCUCUGUUGGUCCUGGGAGGAGGCGGAUACACCGUUAGGAAUGUGGCUCGAUGCUGGACCUUUGAGACAUCGCUAUUAUUGGAUGAAUCGAUCAGCGACGAGCUGCCGUAUAGUGAGUACUUUGAGUACUUUGCUCCAGACUUCACGCUGCAUCCUGAUGUCAGUACCAGGAUAGAAAACCAGAACACCCGACAGUAUCUGGAGCAGAUCCGUCAGUCAGUGUUUGAGAACUUGAAGAUGCUGAACCACGCGCCCAGUGUUCAGAUCCACGACGUCCCCUCGGACAUGCUGAGCUACGAACGCACUGAUGAGCCCGAUCCCGACGAGAGAGGCGGCGAGGAGAACUACACACGGCCAGAAGCAGCUAAUGAGUUCUACGACGGUGAUAAUGACAACGAUAAAGAAAGCGAUGUGGAAAUUUGACCUGUCUGAAGGACUUGAGCAAUUUUCCUGCUUUUAAAAAAAAUAUUCAUGAGGUCACUGACAAUUAUGAUGGUCACAAACCAUCUGAACUUUUUUUUCCCCCACAAGAACUUGACUGCAUUUUUAAAUGUCUCUUUUUGUGAUCGUGUUCAUAUUUUGUUAGUGAUAUACAUUGUCACCUGGAACACUAUUUUUCAGUAGGUUGAUCUGGGUCAUGGUCAAGGUGCUGUUCCAAACACAGUUUAAAAUUCAAAACUUCAGAUUUACAAUCCAAACCUGUGACAGCAUCAAUACCGUUGUGAAGAAACAUAUUUCAUGUGCCUUUCUGUUCUCUAUGGUUUUACGUCAACUUCCAUUUGUUGCUGGAUUCUACAGAAGUGAACGUCACUGUGUAAUAUACAAAUACAGGUCACAAUAUAUACAAGGACUGCAGGUGUGCAGUGGUCAGAUGUUUGUACACUGUGUAACUUGUUUGGCUGAUACAAUUCAGUCUACGUUUUAUUCAGAUUGUGCUUUUGAUAUUUUUUUUAAAAUAAAACAUCCAAACACC